ACGCUCGGGGCACUCAGGCUGGGUCUCGGGAUCGUCCUCCAUCGCCGCUGCUGCCACCAGGGAGCCGGCGGGGAUGGAGCGGGAGGCGUCGCCCUGGGGCCUGGAGCCCCAAAAUGUGCACAGUGCUGAUGAAACGGGGAGCCUCGAAGAGUCCCUCAAAGGCGACCUAAGUGACCGUGAGGAAGAGGAAAUUUCUCAAGAUGGUCCUGGGGACUACGAAGUUGAAGAGAUACCUUUUGGACUUGAACCCCAAAGCCCAGAGUUUGAGCCCCAAAGCCCCAGAUUUGAGCCUGAAAGCCCUGGUUUUGAGUCCCGAAGCCCUAGGUUUGUGCCCCCAAGCCCCGAGUUUGCACCCAGAAGCCCAGAAUCAGAUUCUCAGAGCCCAGAGUUUGAACCCCAGAGCCCGGGCUUUGAACCCCAAAGCCCCGGCUACAAUCCCAAGAGCCCCGGCUACGAGCCCCGGAGUCCAGGGUACGAGCCCCAGAGUCCUGGAUAUGAGUCCCAGAGCCCAGGGUAUGAACCCGAAAACCCUGAGUUCAAAACCCAAAGUCCCAAAGCUGAAGCUCAGAGUUCUAAAUUCCAGGAUGGGGGGGCAGAAUUGCUUCUGAACCCCGAAGGAAAUAAUUCCUUGAGCAUCCCCUUGGGAGUCCACCCACUGGACUCCUUCACCCCGGGGCUUGGGGAGCAGCCCGCGGGGGACCUGCCCCUAGGGCCACCGUUUGAGAUGCCCACGGGCACGCUGCUGACCCCACCGCAGUUUGAGAUGCUGCAGAACCCCCUGAGCCUGACAGGGGCCCUUCGGGCUCCCGGCCGGCGUGGCGGCAGGGCCAGGGCCGGAGAAGGGCCGCGCCCCAACAUCUGCGGCAUCUGCGGGAAGAGCUUCGGGCGGGGCUCCACCCUGAUCCAGCACCAGCGCAUCCACACGGGGGAGAAGCCCUACAAGUGCGAGGUCUGCAACAAGGCCUUCUCCCAGAGCUCCGACCUCAUCAAACACCAGCGCACCCACACGGGGGAGCGGCCCUACAAGUGCCCCCGCUGCGGCAAGGCCUUCGCCGACAGCUCCUACCUGCUCCGCCACCAGCGCACCCACUCGGGCCAGAAGCCCUACAAGUGCCCGCACUGCGGCAAGGCCUUCGGCGACAGCUCCUACCUCCUGCGCCACCAGCGCACCCACAGCCACGAGCGCCCCUAUAGCUGCCCGGAGUGUGGCAAGUGCUACAGCCAGAACUCGUCCCUGCGCAGCCACCAGAGAGUGCACACCGGGCAGAGGCCCUUUAGCUGCGGCAUCUGUGGCAAGAGCUUCUCGCAGCGCUCGGCCCUCAUCCCCCAUGCCCGCAGCCAUGCCCGCGAGAAGCCCUUCAAGUGCCCCGAAUGUGGCAAGCGCUUCGGCCAAAGCUCGGUGCUGGCCAUCCAUGCCCGCACCCACCUGCCGGGCCGCACCUACAGCUGCCCCGACUGCGGCAAGACCUUCAACCGCUCCUCCACGCUGAUCCAGCACCAGCGCUCGCACACGGGCGAGCGGCCCUACCGGUGCGCCGUGUGCGGCAAGGGCUUCUGCCGCUCCUCCACGCUGCUGCAGCACCACCGCGUGCACAGCGGCGAGCGGCCCUACAAGUGCGAUGACUGUGGAAAGGCCUUCUCUCAGAGCUCUGACCUCAUCCGCCACCAGCGGACCCAUGCGGCUGGCCGGCGCUGACCU